GUUCUUUGACUUGCGCACUAGCUGCUAGGGUGUUGUCGGAUAGUUCUUUUCCUUCAAAAGUUUUUCCAAUGCGGGGGUGACAAAAGUGUUGAGACCGUGGAAGUUUGCAAAAGAGAAGGAGAGGAGAGUGCGCCUUAGAGGGAAUCAUUAAGGCUGAGGAACCGCUCUUGUACGUGAAAAUCGAGUUACACACUUUUCCGCAUGAUUUUAUUUAUUUUUCCGCGAAAACGGUAACAGGAGAGUUACCGCAGAUCCCAGCAGCUGCAGGGAGAGAGGGAACUUGAUUAGUUAUAGAAAGUUUCAACUUCCAGUUAACACGGACUAAACCAUGCGUUUUCUACGCGUUGUGAUCUUAUUGACUUUUUGGGCUGCAUGCAGCCAUUGUGCAAUGGAUGAAUGUGUGGACGAAUCCGCUCGGCCUCAACGGUGCAUGCCCGAGUUCGUCAACGCCGCUUUCAAUGUAACCGUGGUAGCUACCAACACUUGCGGCUCCCCUCCCGAAGAAUACUGUGUACAGACCGGAGUGACAGGGGUCACGAAGUCGUGCCACAUCUGCAAUGCCAGGGACCCUAAGCAACAUCAUAGCGCUGUGUACCUCACUGAUUAUAACAACCAAAUGGAUACCACCUGGUGGCAAAGUCAAACUAUGUUGGCAGGCAUCCAGUAUCCCAACUCCAUCAAUCUGACUCUUCACUUGGGCAAGUCCUUUGACAUCACCUAUGUGCGCCUCAAGUUCCACACCAGCCGCCCGGAGAGCUUCGCCAUCUACAAGCGCACCAGUGAGGAUGGGCCAUGGGUCCCAUACCAGUACUACAGCGGCUCCUGCCAGAAGACCUACAGCAAGAUGAACCGCGGCUUCAUCCGCACCGGCGAGGACGAGCAGCAGGCCCUCUGCACAGACGAGUUCAGCGACAUCUCCCCCCUCACCGGAGGAAACGUGGCCUUCUCCACGCUCGAGGGACGCCCCAGUGCAUACAACUUCGAUAACAGCCCCACCCUGCAGGAAUGGGUGACCGCCACAGACAUCCGGGUGACCCUGAACAGGCUCAACACGUUCGGAGACGAGGUGUUCAAUGACCCCAAGGUCCUCAAGUCCUACUACUACGCCAUCUCAGACUUUGCCGUGGGCGGAAGGUGCAAGUGCAAUGGCCAUGCCAGCGAGUGUGAGAAGACUGCGUACAGCAGCAAGCUGGUGUGCAACUGCAAGCACAACACAGAAGGAGAUGACUGCCAAAGAUGCCAGCCCUUCUACAAUGACCGCCCCUGGAGGAGAGGAACGGCAGAGAACCCCAACGAGUGCUUGCCUUGUAACUGCAAUGGCAAGAGUUCCGAGUGCUACUUCGACUCGGAGCUGUACCGCGCCACCGGCCACGGAGGCCACUGCCGCAACUGCGCCGACAACUUCGACGGGCCCAACUGCGAGCGCUGCCUGGACAAUUACUACCGGGAGGCAACUGGCAGCCGGUGCCUGCAGUGCGGCUGUAACUCCGUGGGUUCGCUGAGCACCCAGUGUGACCCCACAGGGCGCUGCAGCUGCAAGCCAGGGGUGAUGGGGGAUAAGUGCGACCGCUGCCAGCCGGGAUUCCACACCCUGACCGAGGCAGGCUGCAGACCCUGCUCCUGUAACCCUUCCGGAAGCACACAGGAGUGUGAUGUGCAGACGGGACGCUGCCAGUGCAAGGACAAUGUGGAAGGCUUCAGCUGUGACAGGUGUAAGCUGGGCUACUUCAACUUGGACCCCCAGAACCCUCAGGGCUGCACCCCCUGCUUCUGCUUCCAGCACUCGUCGGUGUGUGACAGCGCCGAAGGCUACAGCAUCGACACCAUCACCUCUACCUUCGACCGCGGUGACGAGCAGUGGACAGCCCAGCGCAGGGACACCUCUAGUGCUGACGUCCAGUGGUCUCCCAGCACACAGGACAUCUCUCUCAUCUCAGAGGACUACUUCCCCAUUUAUUUUGUGGCUCCAGAAAAGUUCCUGGGUAGUCAGCUGCUAAGCUUUGCCCAGAAUCUAACAUUCAACUUCCGCUCGGACCGCCGUGAUACCCGCCUCUCAGCAGAGGAUGUCGUACUUGAGGGAGCCGGACUUCGCGUCACUGUGCCGCUCAUUGCCCAGGGCAACGCCUACCCAGAGGAGACCUACAAGACUUAUGUGUUCAGGCUCCAUGACACCACUGACUAUCCGUGGAGGCCCAACCUUGGUCCCGGUGACUUCCAGAAGCUCCUGCACAACCUGACGGCCAUCAAAAUCCGGGGCACCUACAGUGAGAGAAGUGCCGGCUACCUUGAUACUGUUGCCCUGACGACGGCCCGCCGAGGCCCUGGCACCCCUGCCCGCUGGGUAGAGAAGUGCACCUGCCCCCAGGGCUACGUGGGGCAGCACUGCGAGCAAUGCACUCUGGGAUACCGGAGGGCCAACCCUGAGCUGGGCCUUUUCAGCCCUUGCGAACGCUGCAAUUGCAAUGGCCACAGUGAUAGCUGUGACCCAGUGACUGGAAUGUGUGAGUGCCAGCACAACACAGCUGGAUUGAGCUGCGAGAGAUGCAAGGACGGUUUCUAUGGCGACUCCACCGUGGGCACCUCCUCUGACUGCAAGCCCUGCCCGUGCCCAGGAGGCGCCACCUGUGCCGUCGUGCCCAAGACCAGAGAGGUGGUGUGCACCAACUGCCCUGUUGGCACAACCGGCAAGCGCUGUGAGCUGUGUGACGACGGCUUUUUCGGGGACCCCCUGGGCCAGGACGGGCCUGUGAGGGCAUGCCGCGCCUGUACCUGCAGCGAAAACAUCGACCCCAACGCCGUGGGCAACUGUAACCGGGAGACUGGCGAGUGCCUCAAGUGCAUCUACAACACCGACGGGUUCUUCUGUGACCGCUGCAAAGAGGGUUUCUUUGGCAACGCUCUGGCCAGCAACCCUGCCGAGAAGUGCAGAGCCUGCGCCUGCUCCCCCUACGGUACUGUGGAUCAGCAGACCUCCUGUCUGCAGGUCACCGGGCAGUGCCAGUGUCUCCCCCACGUGACCAACCGUGAUUGCAGCGCCUGUGAUCCCGGAUUCUACAACCUGCAGAGUGGCAAGGGUUGCGACAGAUGCAGUUGCAGCCCGAUUGGCUCGACCAGCGGUCAGUGUGACAUCCUUAGCGGCCAGUGUGAGUGCCAGCCAGGAGUCACAGGUCAACAGUGUGACCGCUGUGAGGUCAACUUCUUUGGAUUUGGCUCGUCCGGCUGCAAACCCUGCGACUGUGACCCAGAGGGUUCCCAAACGGCGCAGUGCAAGGAAGACGGCCGCUGCGAGUGCCGCUCCGGCUUCGUGGGCGCUCGCUGCGACAUGUGCGAGGAGAACUACUUCUACAACCGCUCCACCCCUGGCUGCCAGCAGUGCCCCAACUGCUACGGCCUGGUCAGGGACAAGGUGAACCAGCAGAGGCAGAAGCUGCACGACCUGCAGACUCUGAUUGACAACCUUGGCACGAGUACGGAGACGGUCAGUGACAAGGCGUUUGAGGCGAGGCUCAAAGAAGCAGAGAAGGCCAUCAUGGACCUGUUGGAAGAGGCCCAGAGCAGCAAAGAUGUGGACGAAGGCCUGUUGGAACGUCUCAACAACAUCAACAACACCCUGUCUACCCAGUGGAACCGGCUGCAGAACAUCCGCAACACGGUGGACAACACAGGCACGCAGGCGGAGAAGGCCCAGAAGCGCGUUCAGGAUGCCGAGAGCCUGAUCGACAGAGCUCGCCAGGAGCUGGACAAGGCCAAGGAUGCCAUCAGUAAAGUGGACAUCAAACCACUCACAACCGCUGGAGGUCCAAACAACAUGACUCUUCUGGCAGAGGAGGCCCGCAACCUGGCUGACAAACAUAAAAUGGAUGCAGAUCAGAUCGAGAAGAUUGCCAAAGACGCAAACGACACAUCUACCAAGGCAUACAAUCUGCUGAAGAAGACCCUGGAUGGCGAGGGAAAGACCAGCAAUGACAUAGAUGAGCUGAACAGGAAAUACACUGAGGCCAAGGAUCUGGCAAAGAACCUGGAAAAGCAGUCUAACAAGGUGUUGGCUGAGGCAGAGGAGGCAGGAGACAAAGCCAACAAGAUUCUGGCCAACGUCACAAGCUUACCACCCUUCGACACCAAAUCACUGGAGGAUGAAGCCAGCAAGAUCAAGAAGGAGGCGUCAGACCUGGACAAGCUCAUCGACAAGACGGAGAAGGAGUACAACGACCUGAGGGAAGACCUCCGGGGCAAAGAGUCAGAGGUUCGCAAACUGCUGGACAAGGGCAAGACCGAGCAGCAGACGGCGGACCAGUUGCUUGCCCGUGCAGAUGCUGCCAAGGCCCUGGCUGAGGAGGCUGCCAAGAAAGGCAGGUCCACGUACCAGGAGGCUCAGGACAUCCUCACCAACCUCAGAGAUUUCGAUAAGAGGGUGAACGACAACAAGACGGCGGCUGAAGAGGCCAUGAAGCGUAUCCCAGAAAUCAAUGCAACUAUCAUUGCAGCCAAUGAGAAGACCAAGCAGGCUGAAUCGGCGCUUGGCAAUGCAGCAUCCGACGCCAAGGACGCCAAGGCUAAAGCCGAGGAAGCAGAGAAGAUCGCCAGUGCUGUGCAGAAGGGCUCAGCAAAGACGAAGGCAGAAGCAGAAAAGGCCUUUGAGGACACCAAGAAACUGGAUGGAGAGGUGGACAGCAUGCUGGAACAGCUGUCGGCUGCUGAGAACGAGCUGAAGAAGAAGAAGGCCGAGGCUGACCAGGACAUGAUGAUGGCUGGCAUGGCAUCAGACAAUGCUAAAGAUGCUGAGGACAAUGCCCGCAAAGCCAAGAGUGCAGUCAGGAUGGUUCUCCACACAAUCAAUGAAUUACUGAAGCAGCUAGGCAACAUUGACAAAGUGGACCUGAGCAAGCUGGAGCAGAUUGACGGCUCCCUGAAGCAGGCCAAGGAGAAGAUGAACAGCAGCGAGCUGGACAAGAAGCUGAAGGAGCUGGACAGCGUGGCCAAGGACCAGGAGAUGAUGAUCAGUGACUACGACCGGCAGAUCCGUGAGAUCCACGCAGACAUCGCCAACCUCAACGACAUCAAGAACACGCUACCUGACGGCUGCUUCAACACCCCGUCGAUUGAGAAGCCUUAACUUCUUCUCCCGGCCUCCUCCUUCUCCUCUUCCUCCUCCUUUCUCCAUGCCCCUCUGUUCUUGUUUUUACCACUCCUUCCACCACCUGUCUUGGGCAAAAAAAAAUCGCCACGUUUUACCAAAAUAGGUUUUAUUUUGUCUUUGUGUUGUUUUUUUGUUGUUGUUGUUGUUUUUUUGGUUAUGUGUUUUACUUGUC